CUGUGCGCCACCGCAUCAUCUCCAGUCUCCAGGAGCAGCGGUGAUGAUGCCGGACGUCUGGUGCGGGACGAAGCCACAAACCGACAUCCACCUGUUUUAAUUCAGCGACGGAACGUGAAGGGGUCCACGUGAUCGAAGCGGAGCAGGUGUUGACCGCCUUUCUCUCCGAACAGGACGCCAUGAGCGACGAUCGCUUGACAGAAUUCAGAGCAGACAAUGAUGUCAACAGGGUUUCUUAAGAUGGACGGCGUGGAUAUAAAGUCAGCCACGACCACGAUGGAAGCUUUGGUUCGUAUCAGUUCCAACAUGAAGAGCCUGGAGAACGAGCUGCACUGCUCCGUGUGUAAGGAUGUGGUCAAGCAGCCGGUGGUCCUGCCAUGUCUCCACAGCGUCUGCCUCAUGUGUGCCUCCGAGGUCUUGGUAGCUAACGGCUAUCCUGCCCCUGAACUUCCAGCAGAACCCAAAUCUCCAGCAUCAACUCCCAACCACCGGUCCCCUCGACAAGCCAGGAGGCCUGCACCAAAAUCAGAGCAGCGCCCCCUGGACCGUGUGUUGCGGGCAGGUCCACAUCCACCCUCACCAUCUCUCCAGAGGUCUCCUGGCUACGCAGGCCGGCGGCGGAAAGAAGGUCCGCCUCUGAUCAUGAUGUUCCCCUGCAUCCCCUGCGGGCGCGACGUGCAGCUGGGAGAGAGAGGUCUCACAGACUGUAUGCGGAAUCUGACUCUGGAGCGAAUCGUGGAACGGUACAGACACACCGUCAGCUUGGGCAGCGUGUCUGUGAUGUGUCAGUUCUGUAAACCGCCACAAGCUCUGGAGGCGACCAAGGGCUGCGCCGACUGCAAGUCCAACUUCUGCAACGAGUGCUUCAAGCUCUACCACCCCUGGGGCACGCCGCGGGCUCAGCAUGAGCACAUCCUGCCCACCCUCAACUUCAGACCAAAGGUUUUGACUUGCACGGAGCAUGACCAGGAGAAACUGCAGUUCUACUGUCGCACCUGUCAGCGGCUGCUGUGUCCUCUCUGCAAGCUGCGCCGGAGUCACACCGGACACAAGAUCCUGCCUGUGGCUCAGGCGUACCAGGCCUUGAAAGAGAAGAUUACCAAGGAGAUGAGCUACAUUCUGACCAAUCAGGACACAGUUCUGUCUCAGAUUACACAGCUGGAGAGCGCCAUCACUCAGACGGAGGUAAACAGUGUUUCGGCUCGAGAGCAGCUGGCUCAGAGCAUCAGGGACCUGACGGCGGCGCUAGCUGAGCGGCACGCGUCCCUCACUCAGGCCCUGGAGGGGGCUCGGCAGAAACGAGGCGAGGCUCUGGCGGCUCAGGUGGCAGAGAGACGAGCUUUGAUGGAGCAUGCGGGACUGAUGGCCUUCACCCAGGAGCUGCUGAAGGAGACGGAUCAGCCCUGCUUCGUUCAAGCCGCUCGCCAGACACACAACAGGUUCAGCAAGGCGAUCGAGAAUCUCCAGCACUUCUCUCUGGCGGCCGAUCCGUCCUUCAGACACUUCCAGCUGGACGUUUCCAAAGAGCUCAAACUCAUCACAGACCUGAACUUCAUCCAGGCUCCGUCAGCGCCAGUCAUCGACACGCAGCGUACUCUGGCCUACGACCAGCUCUACCUUUGUUGGCGACAACCUCCUGAGUCUACGCCAGCGUGGCACUACUCUGUGGAGUAUCGGCGACGGGGCGUGGUGCCGGGUGGAGGGUCCAGAGGCGGAGUCAGAGGAGGCCUGGCAGCCGCGCGCUGGGGUUGGCAGCGCUUGGACGAAGUGAGUGGCUGCAGCACUGUCAUUGACAGGCUGGAGAUGGACAGCGUCUACGUCCUGCGGGUGCGAGGCUGCAACAAGGCAGGCUACGGCGAGUACAGUGAGGAGGUGUACCUGCACACCCCGCCGGCUCCAGUGCUCAACUUCUACCUGGACUCCCGCUGGGGUCUCCAUGCUGACCGGCUGGUGGUCAGUAAGGAGCAGCGGUGUGCCCGGAGCGUUCCUGGCCUCUCUCUGCUGCAAGCUGCUGACCACGCCCUUACUUCCUGUCACCUGACCUCCGACCUCCUGGUGGGAGAUGUGGCCAUCACGCAGGGGCGACACUACUGGGCAUGUUCAGUGGAGCCGAGCUCCUACAUAGUGAAGGUUGGAGUCGGUCUGGAGUCCAAACUGCAGGAGUGGUUUCACCUGCCUCAGGACAUGGCCAGUCCUCGCUAUGACCCGGACAGCGGCCAUGACAGUGGAGCAGAGGACGGUCUGGACUCGGCACCUCCCUUCUGUUUCCUGACCAUGGGGAUGGGGAAGAUCUUCCUGUCCCAGCACAGCAACAGUGGCCAGCGCGACCACAUCUCCAAUGGCCCCUCACCCCCUGCCGGCCUCACCUACCCUCUCCCGCCACGGUUGGGCAUCUGCCUGGACUUUGAGAAGAGUCGUGUCACCUUCUACGACGCCCACUCUCUGCGCCCCCUGUGGGAAGGCCACGUGGAUUGCUCCGGCCCGGUUUGCCCAGCAUUUUGUUUCAUCGGGGGCGGAGCUCUGCAGCUUCAGGAGCUGGUAGCCAAUCGCAGCGCUGAUCAGACACCGGUCAGGAGGGUGACCAUCCAGACACGUGUGUCCAACCUGAACAACAACAACAACUGAGGUGGCUCUGACACAGAAUGUUGUUUUCAAGCUAGAAUUCUCAGCGAUUUUGUUUUCUAACUGUUUUUAAUGGCAAGAUAUGCAAUGUAAUCAAGUUUGCUAUGUUUUCAUACAGUUUUGCUAGAGGUGCUGGUGUUUGGCUCGUAGGCGCCCUGACGGGACUCGCUGUUAACCUCACGUCCGCGUCCCUCGCUGUCCUCCCUGGACGCUCCAUGCUUUCCUAGUGUGGUUAUGGACCUGAUAUACCGUGAUAGCUAUCUCAAGACUGUUUGUCCGUGUUUAAACUUCGCCAUGUCACAUGACUUAGACACCUCCAGUCAGGACUCUCAGGCCAACACCGUGGAUAGUCGUCAAUGUGGCUGGCUCACAACAGGAAGGUUGCUGGUUUGAUUCCUGCCUGCUGAGUUCCUGAUGAUGCUCCCCCUGUGGUUCUAUGAAUGGAUUACUCUGGUGUUGCGUCCCUGCCUGUUACACUCUGUAGCUGGGACGACAGAGGCAAUGAAUGAUGAGAAACAGACAUUAUAACAGAACUGUUUCUUUAAACCAAAGUACGUCAGGAUCGUCUGGGAAACACUGAGUACCUUACCAGUAUCAGUACUGCGAGGAAGUCAGUUAACUUUCUGUGUCUGAAUAUUUAUAUCAGACGACUGAAACUUGCCAGAUGAUCCAUGUUGGGGAGAAAAAGACCAGUGACAUCUGUUACUCUUUAUGCUGGUUAACGUCUCGUGCGUAUUGACUGUUACCUGGUGGGAUGGGCGGGGGGCGUCUGUGAUUCAAACACCCACUGUGUCACUACCGUAGAUUUGAUGCUUGCGCAGUGUUGCUAACGCUCCGAAACAUUGUUGACAGUCACUGCUUAUAGAUUCAUGCGUAGACGACUUGAACACUGAAUUGAAGAUGACUAUGAAGUUCUAUUGCAUCACCCAGAGUUUUUAUUAUGAAUGCUGAAUGUGGUCAGGAGGACACCAGGUCGUCUCUUGGGAUGUAAAUGUGUCAACAGAGCUGGAGAGACUCGACGAGGCAAUACUAAAAUUAGGCGCUCUAUUGUUGCACUGCUGCUUUUGUUACUUCCACGUGUGUGUGUGUGUGUGUUCUUCUGUCUUUGUGAGAACCUGUAUGAGUUUUUAAUCACAGAGUUUUUGCAAAGUGAGGACAUUUUGGCCGGUCCUCACUUUGUUAAGCCUCAGUUUGAGGGUUAAAACUACAAUAUAACUGGGUUAUUAUAAUGGGAUUUUAGUUUGGUCAAGAAUAAAUGUUUUAAAAAAUUGCCAUUUGUUUUAGAUGGUUAGGUUUAGUGUGAGAGGCUGGGGAAAGUGUCAAUGUAUGUCAAUGACAGUCCUCACUACGAUGGGGAGACAAACAUGUGUGCGUGUGUAUGUUUUGCCAUACUUGUCAGUGCCAAGUCUUGACAAGCCAGCAUUCUUGUGAGGACAUUUUGGCCUGUCCUCACAAGGUUUAGAGGGUUAAAACCUCACUAAAAGUGUCUGUUCAUUAGAAUUGGGUUUCAUUCUGAUGUUCAUUAGAAUUGGGUUUCAGUCUGGUUCAGAGUCCUGGUUGAGGUUAGUCAUUUGUUUUGGAUGGUUGAGUUUAGGAUGAGAGGCCGGGGAAAGGGUUAUGGCAAUGACAGGUCCUCACAAAAAUAGCGACACAAACAUGCCUGUGUGUGUUGACUGGGGUGAAAAUUGAUUCGCUCCCCGAUUGUACGCACAUUAUUUCAGCUGUUGAGUCAAUCCGGCUUGAUGGUCAGUAAACACGCUGCACUACUGAUCAAACCAUGAAAAGAUUGAUUUCAUUAGCGUCACCUGCUGGCAGAAUGUUUGCAAGAGAAAAGCGGAUUAUGGAAAUAAACACAGAAUAAAUAAACAAUGUUUGAACGUCGA